UUUGAACUUGUUUGAGGACAUUUACUUUAUUUUUAUAGCUAAAAAAAUUCGUCACCAGGAUCUAGAGAGUCCUUUUGAUACAAGCCUAUUAGACUACUAACUUUGAACUUUUAUUUAUUUUGAUUUAUUGUAGAUUGGAUGUAGCAGAGCAAAGUGGAGAGGUUACACGAUCUAUCUCUGGCCCAGUACUUCCAAGGUAUUAGAGGCUCAUCUUGACAGGAGCAUCAUCUAGAUCUUGUGAAUAUGUUCUCAACACCCUCAUGCAGACAUUUCAAAACAAGAGACUGGCUUAUGCUGUCAAGGAAAGCACUCUUGAUAGUCUAAUUACUGAGCUCCUUCUAUGGCUGUUGGAUGAGAGAGUUCCACAUAUGGAUGAUGGCAGCCAUCUUUUAAAAGCUUUGAAUGUUCUGAUGCUAAAGAUUCUAGUUAAGACUUGCCAUUUCAUUUCUUCCCUCUUCUUUUUUUCAUUUAUUCUUAUCCUGACUCGCAUGUCUUAUUUUAGUCUGAUUUGUUAUUCAACUUUACAGGAUAAUACAGAUCGAACUUCAUCCUUUAUUGUUCUCAUCAAUCUCUUACGUCCAUUAGAUCCUUCAAGGUGGCCCUCACCUGCAUCAAAUGAGACAUUUGCUGUCAAAAAUCAGAAGUUCUCUGAUUUGGUUGUUAAAUGUUUGAUAAAACUUACAAAGGAAGGCAAUGUUGCCAACCAGAGGGAACAUCUAGUUCUUCUCCUUGCCAAUAUUCACAUUCAUAAAGCUAAUAAGCAGUCUGUCUUGAAGGUAUUCUGAUUGUUAAUUAAGGUUGUAAAGCUUUGGCUUUAACUAAUCCUCUUAUAUAAAUUUGACUUUAUGAUAUUUGGAGUCUAAUGUCAAAACUGGAUAUUUAUGCAGCAUUGUUCCUUUGUAAAUUUCAAUUUAAUUAGCAUUUGAAACAUUAGUGGUGAAAUUUGGGUUUUCAAUAAGGUCUUCUAUUUCUUUGAAACUCUUUUAUGACUCUUUAAUUUAAGGUCAAUCACUAGAGUCUUGAAUUUAACAUAAGGAUGUAAUAUUUGCUUUUACAUUUACUAUCAUUCUAGUCAUAGAAAUUUAGUAUAGUUUAGUUACAAGUAAUUUAGUUGCUGCUGUUGACAAUUUGUGGUAUCUAAAAGAUGGAAUACAUACUGUAGACUUGAAAA